AUGUCCAAAAAAUAUGCUGAUUACUUUCGCAAAACGUUACCAGAAAAUUACAGUUUUCUUGGUUUCUAUAAAUAUCGCUAUCAGCAAUCUGACUUUACCUUUUCAUACCAAAAGGAGUCCCGCAAACUUAGUAGCGAUCUCGAGGAAUUAACGAGUGAAGAUUCAGAAGUAGUUAAAGCUUAUGCGAGCCGAUUGCUAAAAGAUCAUAAGGUUCUUUCUUGUGCACACAACUACGGUGAAUAUCUGCGAUUAUUCACUUUAUGGUCUGCGUUCCGUUGUGUGCCCAAUCAACGUGAAAAAUAUCCUGAUGUUCAAAUGUUUUGGAAUAACAUAGAAUCAUCUGUCGCUAAUUCAAGUCUAAAACUAGAUAAGGUAAAGACAGCUCGAACAGUAAUGAAUGGCACCAAGAGGUUGAUCAAAACCGCCCUCGACGAAAUUGAUAGCACACUGAAAACUGAUGUCUCUAAUAAUGGAUCGAAUGGAAGGAAACGACCAGCCGAAGAAGCUUCCCUUGUUACUACACCUCCCAACCUUCGCGAUCGCUUUACUCUUCCAUCUUAUAAAAGUGGUGAUUAUUCUUUUGAUGAUUAUAACGAAGAAUCAUCCGAAAGUCAUCCUGAUGUUGAUAAAGACGUCAAAACAAAGUCCAGCAAGCGUAAGUCAAAGAAAGUUACUGGAAGCAAGAUUUCAACCAAGGGAAAAUCAAGUGACCAGAGCAUUGUUGUUGACGCUGGCCGGUCAACCAGUGUUUCCCCUAUGAAUGUACAAGUAUCCGCUAUGUCCAACCCCAAUGAUGUGAACGGAACAGAAGACGCGGUCACUGAUGCUGAACAAACCACCUGCGAUGAAUCUGAAUUAGCCAUCGAAGAAAACACUAAAGAAAAGACGGAAAAAUCAAAAACGAUACUCUCAUGGGAACACGUAGUUGAUAAAAUAAAAAUUUCUGAUAAAUCGAAUCAUGAUUGGUUAGUUGAUGGAUACAAUAUUUCGAAAGAUUUUCGUGACUUUCAAAUAAAUACGGUUGAACGAUUAAAUAAUAAUCCGACACUUUCUUAUGCGACUGAGGUUGAUGAAAUCUUGUGUCUCUCGUUUAUAUUUUAUGUAAAAGAGGAAAUGCCGAAAUAUAUAAAUUGUACUAGUCAAGUCUGGAAGGACGCAUUGCAUAGACCUCUAACUCCCGCGACUUUACCGAUUAGUGUUCAACUUAUUAUAAUGGAAUAUAAUACACUCUUAACGGAUAGAAAGGUUUUAAGAGAAAAGUGGCGCCAAAAUUGGGCCAAAUAUGAUGCAUCGAUGACCGAAAAAGAAGUCAAUAUUUUUGAAUGUGUACAACUCGUAACUAGGAACUUUUUUUUGAAUAUAUCAUCGUUAAACAGCACAGGUAAUAAUAUAAUGGAUGAAGACACUUUCGUUCACAGAUAUUGCCACUUAAUGUUGGAAGAAAUCUUUAAUGUGACGAAUUAUAAACUUUUCUGGGCAAAUGGAGAAUCAAGUAGCUCAAAGGAACGACGAAAAUCUGAUGGUAAAAAGAAUGGACGGAAACCAGAUUUUCGAUUAAUUUUUGAAGAAAAAAACGAAAUUAUCUUUGGAGAAAUUAAACCGCCUUGUGCUGCAAAUAAUGUAAUAAACCAUGCUUUGGUCAAACUUGGCGAAUUCAUGAAAGGUUCACUAGAUUCUCUACAUGAACAAUAUGGAUACUCUCAAUAUUCGGAAACAUUUGGAAUCAUCAUUAAAGGAUGUCAAGUCGAGCUAUUUGGCAUGGACCUUGCAUUUGAUGGAUUAUACCGUUUCAAAAAGAUUGGAAGGGCAUUAUUACCUACCGAAGAUGCUAAUUUUUUAAAUAUAGUUUCUGUUAUCUCGAACUUUUAUAGUUUGUUGGAAAAAGCUGAUCGUUCGAUUGCAGAAUUGAAUAGACCGUCUACUCCCACUGGUCAGUCAUACCAUAGAGAAUCGAAUUCAUCUCCUCACAAAGUUCAUAUCCCGGUUUUAAAAAUUCUGCCUUCUGCGUCACCCGAUUAA